CUCCGUCAUAUCAGUUAACAAAAAGAAACCGAAAGGGAAAGAUUGUUAAAGCGCAUAUUAUUCAGUCAGCAGAAUGGGCUCUAACAUAAAAUGUUUGAUUCUAAUUUUCGUCGUGAAAGUGUGUAUUUCUAUAAAGGUGAACAAUGGCGGUUAUGAGGACGUUUACAUCUUCAUACGGGAGGGUGUUGAGGAGAAUGAUAAUCUGAUCAGAAGAAUAAAGGAGGUAUUUACCGAGGCAUCAAGCUUAAUGCUUACAGCAACAGAAAACAGGUUAUACUUAAAAAAUAUCAGGAUAGUAGUUCCAAAAUCAUGGUCGAAGAAGCCAGAGUACUUGAAUAUCCCAGCUCCAUCCCUGUCUAGGCAAUAUAUUAUACUUGAUAAAAUUAUCGCUGGUAUGACAACCCCACAUGUACGUUCUACAGGCGUUUGUGGAGCAGAGGGAAGUUACAUGUUCUUAAGUUCUACAGACUUCAUUCUAAAAGGGGGAUACACUAGAUGGGGGUCACAUGAUCACGUGAUUGUCCAUGAGUGGGCUCAUCUAAGAUGGGGAGUUUUUGAUGAAUAUCCAAUUUCAACAAAAUUUUAUCAAGGAAGUGGUAAAUGGAUCCCUGUAAGGUGCACCACACAAAUAAAGGGAAAGAUCGGAAUCGGAAAAGGAUGCUCUUCAAAUGACAUUGAAUGUGACAUUUCUAACACGGGUAAAAAAAUAAGUGAUCGAUGUAAGUUUUGUCCGAUUGAACAAAAGGAUAAUAGUGCAAGCUUGAUGGGAUAUUCCUUUUUUAAUUCAAUUAAAAGUUUUUGUGAUAAAGAUGAUUUAACUGUGAAUUCUGAGCAAAGGCAUAACAGACAAGCACCAAAUAGACACAACAUUGUUUGCAAAUACAAGAGCGUCUGGGAGGUUAUGAGAAAACACAUUGAUUUCAAAGAUAACACUUUGUUACCACCUGACACUAAUACCGUUCCAAAUUUUGAGAUUAUUCAAAGUUCGAACGAAAUACAUAGAGUGUUUGUCCUAGAUGUUUCUGGAAGUAUGAAAGGGUUAAAGCUCACCAUAUUACAACAGACAUGUAGGUAUGUCAUUCAAGAUGUCAUACCACAAGGCAGUUGGCUUGGUAUUGUUACCUUCAGCAGCUCGGCUUCAACUACAACAUAUGUUAAACAGAUCAACUCCCAGGCUGAUAAAGAUGCCCUUAAAUCUGGUCUUCCUUCCGUCGCAUCAGGUUCAACAUGCAUAGGGUGUGGUAUUGAAGAAGCAAUUAAGAUUCUAAAAAUAAAUCUAGAAAGUGCUGAAAAUACUGGAAUUGUGCUGAUAUCCGAUGGUCUUAACAACAGAGGGAAUAUUCGGGCAUCAAUUCAAAAAGCUGUUAGUGAGAAAGUAAUUGUAAACACGAUAGCUGUUUCACAAGAGGCGGAUAGCAUCCUUGCUGAAAUUGCACAAGAUACUGGUGGCAAACAUUACACAUACCUUGACAAAGGUUCCAUCAGCUUUGCUGCUACGUUCAGUGAAUCAAUAAAAGACGAUCAUACCAUGUCAGCCAGCCAAUUAGAAACAGUUAGUUUAUCACGUUCGUUAUAA